AUGCCCUUUCACGACCUUUUGGAUCAAGUUGGUGGCCUUGGAAGAUACCAGAUCCUUCAGCUGAUUUUCUUUAUGAUCACUGCUCUUUUUGUUUAUUCUCAUGUUGUAUUGGAGAAUUUCACUGCAGCUAUCCCUGAACAUCGCUGCUGGGUCCACAUUCUGGACAAUGACACUGUCUCUGGCAAUGACACUGGGACUCUCAGCCAGGAUGCUCUCCUGAAAAUCUCUAUCCCACUAGACUCAAACCUGAGACCAGAGAAGUGUCGUCGUUUUGUCCAUCCCCAGUGGCAGCUCCUGCACCUGAAUGGAACCUUCUCAAACAUGAGUGAGCCAGACAUAGAGCCCUGUGUGGAUGGCUGGGUGUAUGAUCGGAGCUCUUUUCUAUCCACCAUUGUGACUGAGUGGGACCUGGUGUGUGAAUCUCAAUCACUGAAUUCAGUGACAAAAUUUCUAUUCAUGGCUGGAAUGGUGGUGGGAGGCAUUCUAUGUGGCCAUCUAUCAGACAGGUGA